AUGUUCUCCCAUGAAGAAAAAUGUGAUAUGUUAGAAUGCUAUUUAAACAGUGAAUUAUAUCCCGCUCGCAUUCAACCGUAUGAACGAUAUUUUCUGAGACUUUAUCGAAAAUUUAGGGGCAACGAAAAUGUUUUUGCUAAAACAAGGGCAAAAAAAGAAUUCAUAAUAAGCGAGGCCACGGAAAUUGCAGUUAUUGGAUAUUUUGAAGCUUAUCGUGAGAAUUCAAUAGCAGAUAUUCUCAAGGACUCUAAUUUCAGUUAUGGUACUGUUCAAAGGAUUUUAAAAAAAUACAAAUUUAUUCCAAGACUUGUUUUUUGCCAUUGGUAUCUUAGCUUCUGUCGCCAAAAUGUAAAUAACUUUCGUUACCUUUUAUGGACAGAUGAAUCAAAUUUUUCAAAUUCUGGAAUGUUUAAUAGAAAAAACCACCAUUAUUGGUCAAGAGAAAAUCUUUUGUUAGUACAUCCAAGAGGCCCACAAGUCCGUUUCAGUUUCAACGUUUGGUGCGGUAUAAUUGGUUCAAAAAUUGUUGGCCCGUCCUUUUAUGAGGGAACCCUUACUGGUGAAAGAUAUGUGGAAUUUAUGUCAGAAAUUCUGACUAAUUUCUUAGACGAAUUGGACCUUAUAAGUAGACAUCAUCUGCAUUUUCAGCAAGAUGGCGUACCUGCCCACAAUUCCAGAGGUACUUAUCAUUUUCUAAGUACUACUUUUAAUGAUCAGUGGAUAGGAACAAAUGGCCCAAUACAGUGGCCUCCCAGAUCACCAGAUCUAAACCCACUUGAUUACUUCUUGUGGGGUUACUUAAAGAACCAAAUUUACAAGCGAAGGUACGAUAACCUUGACGCGUUAAAGACUGCAGUUAGGGAAAAGAUAACCCAGAUAGAUGGUAGGACCAUACUUAAGACAGUUCGAGCAGUUGAAAAACGUGCCCAAAAAUGUAUUGAAGAACAAGAAGAAUCGCUUUUACCAGUGAUGGAAGAAUGUUUGACAUCUGGCCAAGAUUUUGUGUUUCAGCAAGAUGGUGCAGCGUGCCAUACCUCAAAAAAGACUAUAAAAUGGAUCGAAGAAAAUAAUGUACCACUUUUGAAAUGGGUUUCUAGCAGUCCAGAUCUGUCACCUAUUGAAACUUUGUGGCACGAGAUAAAAAAGGUUCUACGACAACAUCCUGCUCGGAACAACAUCGAAGAUAAAAUUUGUUUUUCGAACAUCUGCGGGAUCAACAGCAACAUUGAUGCUGUUCAUCACUACCUGCAAUCCAAUCGUCCCGCCGUGCUUUUCUUGGCGGAGACAAAAAUCUCAGAGGCUGCACCGAUUAACCAUCUCAACUUCCCAAACUACGAGAACGGGGGAGUAGUGGCUUUUGUCCGCAGCAGUCUUUCCUGCUCCAGGGAUCUUUCUUUGGAAUCAGACCGGAAGGACAUUCUGUGGCUUCGCCUCAACUCCAAAACAUCACCCAAAUUUAUUUGCUGCCUUUAUCACUCUCCCUCGAACCAUAACUGUGAUGACCUACUCGAAUACCUCGCCGUCCAGAUCGACUUCCUGAACAUCAAUCACCCCGCUUCAGAGGUAGUUCUUCUCGGUGAUUUCAAUGCCCAUAAUGAGCUUUGGUUGGGCUCAAAUAAGACCGAUGCAGCAGGUCGUGCAGUCGAAGCGUUCGCUCUUACUCAAGGGCUGACCCAGCUGGUGACGAGCCCUACUUUUUUCCCCCGCGUCUCGUCACACGCCAGUAGCCUGCUGGAUCUCUUUCUGACCACGCAUCCUGCCCCUUACAGCACUGCCGUCCUGUCCCCCCUGGGUAACUCAGAUCACGGUGUUGUGGAGGUUAGGUUUCGGUCAGAAGCCGCUGUGGCCGCAGAAACUCGCACAGGCCGCAAAACUUGGCAUUACGGACAUGCCGACUGGGAGGGGCUCAGAGACUUCUUCUCUAGCUUUCCUUGGAGAGAUGUCUGUUUCACUGACGCGGAUGCGUCGACUGUCUGUUCUUCAAUAACCGAAAUUAUCCACGUCGGAAUGGAGGAAUACAUCCCUCACACAGUGAAAGUUCCUAAACCAGGGUCCAACGGCUGGUUCAACAAAUCGUGUGACACUGCUCGCCAGCAGAAGAUCAAGGCCCACAGAACCUACUUACAAAACCCCACUGUAGAGAACAGACAAGCCGACGUCGAGUCCAGAAACAAAUAUAACGAAGCGGUUCGCAAUGCCAAAACCCAGCAUGAUAUAAAAGUUAGGCACAGGGUAAUGUCGCAGCGCAAUGGCAGUCGGUCUUUCUGGACGCUGGCCAAGCAGAUUGAAAAGAACUUCUCACACAGUAGCCUUCCACCACUUACGUGUCAGGAUGGAACUAUUGUAUUCGACUCAAAUGCCAAGGCGGAAGUGCUUGCCAAGAUCUUUGCACCAUGGACGGUUCCCCACACUAUGCGGGAGGUAACAUUCAGGCAUAAGACCGUAAGACGAGUGCUCUUGUCGCUCGACAUCAACAAAGCUUCUGGUCCGGACUUGAUUCCUGCCAUUGUACUGAAGAGAUGUGCAGCGGAGCUUGCUCCAGUUCUUUCGCGUCUCUUCCAGAUAUCUUAUGAAUCCGGCACCUUCCCAGAAAACUGGAAAUUUGCUCAUGUACAGCCCAUCCCAAAAAAAGGAUCUAAAACCGACCCUUACAACUACAGGCCUAUAGCUCUCCUUUCUGUUAUAAGCAAAGUGAUGGAGAGGUGCAUAAAUCGCGAGCUUCUGGACUACCUCGAACGUCACAGCUUGAUUAGCGACAGGCAGUACGGUUUCCGGCACCAACGAUCCACAGGGGACCUCCUAGCUUACGUCACGCAACUGUGGAGUAAACUCAUCCAGUCUCAUGGUGAGGCUCAUGUCGUUGCUCUUGACAUCACGAAAGCGUUCGAUCAGCUGUGGCACGCUGCCCUCUUGAGCAAACUUCCAUCCUACGGCCUCCCAGAAAAGCUUUGCAGAUGGGUGGCUGACUUUAUCUCUGGCCGCAAGAUAUCCGUCGUAAUUGACGGAUUCUCCUCUUCAUCCCACAACGUCAACGCGGGUGUUCCCCAGGGAUCGCCGAUCUCUGCCGCUGAGCUGGAAAAAAGAAGACUAGCGACGACUUCUUCUCUGACAAGAGACCUGGAGGCUAUCACUGCUUGGGGACGCAACAAUCUUGUACAGUUCAAUGCUUCCAAAACACAGUACUGUACUUUGACGAACAAAAAGCGUCCUAGCGCUCAUACAGUUUCGAUGGACGGUCGAGUUCUACCAAAGAGCCAUUCAUUUCGGCUGGUCGGAGUCCAGAUCACCGAGGACCUGAUCUGGCACGAACACAUCUCUUCAACAGCUGCAGCUGCUGGGAAAAAGCUAGGCUAUUUAUGUAGGGCUAAGAAGUACUUUUCUCCGCAUGACCUUCUCACUCUAUACAAGGCCCAGAUAAGGCCUAGCCUCGAGUAUUGCUCACACAUUUGGGGUGCUGCCGCCCCGACUACAUUGUCCAUGCUCGAUGCUGUCCAGAGGAGGGCGGUCCGACUGAUCGAUGACUCUUCUCUAACAGACAGUCUCGGGACUCUUUCGCACCGGCGGGCCGUCGGCGAUCUAGCUCUUUUCUAUCGCUACACCAACGGGCUUUGCUCCUCAGAGCUCUCUUCCAUGAUGCCGCCGCGCGAUGUGCCUGCCAGACAGACCCGCCUGACUUCGGCGUCCCAUCCUAACCGUGUCAAACUUCGUACAUCCAGAACUGGCCGAUACGACCGCUCCUUUGUCCCGAGGGUGUCUAGAUUGUGGAACAAACUACGGGAGGAAGCUUUUCCCAGUUCUACUAACCUUAGGCAGUUCAAUUUUUGGUGCAGACAACGGUCACUCUGGGAUCAGGAAUGGAACAGUAUUGUCUUUAGUGACGAGUCUCGAUUUUGUUUAGGCAUGCACGAUGGUCGUGCCAGGGUUAGAAGGCGACGUGGUGAAAGGAGGAAUCCACAGUUUUUUGUUGAAAGACAUGUUCAUCACACUGUUGGAGUUAUGGUUUGGGGUGCUAUAGCUUAUGGUUCCAGGUCACUUUUAAUCUUCAUCAGAGGUAACAUGAACGCGCAGCGUUAUAUCGACGAAAUUCUAGAACCCCAUCUUUUACCCUACCUUGACACCCUGGCAGAUCCAACUUUCCAACAAGAUAAUGCCCGACCACAUGUUGCAAGAGUCACAAUAGACUUCUUUCAACAUAAUGAUGUCACAUUGUUACCAUGGCCACCAAGAUCUCCCGACUUAUCCCCAAUUGAGCACGUGUGGGAUAUGAUGGGUAGGAGAUUGCUCAAUUUGCAACGUCCUCCUCAGACUCUAGAAGCACUUCGAGAGGAGUUGGUGGUUGCCUGGAAUGAGAUACCACAGGAGGACAUUGACCACCUGAUCAGAAGCAUGCCUAGGCGCGUUGGAGAAUGCGUAGCACAUCAGGGUGCAUCCACACAUUAUUAA